GGUUUAUAUAUCUAGAAGAUUUCAUCUAGAACUUUGAACUGUAAAUUUAGGACUUUAAGACUAACAGUCUGAAUCCUGAAGGGAAGAGGGAUUCCCGGAUCUUCCAACAGUUAAUAAAAGCCUAUCUUCACCUUGCCACUUAAUCAUCGUCACAUGCCAACCUAGACCUAUGCAUAGGCGGUUGCCGACCCUACCCCAAUUACCCCAAGCUACCGUAUAAGCAAGCCCGGUAAAAAAACUUUCAACGCCACCAUGACGUGAUCUAUUUGUUUAUCUACUAUUAGGCUGGGAGCGUAUAAUGAGCGGAAUGCAACAUGAUCGAUCCAUUGCAUCGAUACCGGUGCGAUAGCGAUCAGUGGAAAAAUGUUGGGGCGGGAUGUGACCAGCGGCGAGGAAAUGGUUGGGGAUGGUUGGGAAAAGUGUUGAGUCGACUGUAUACAUCAUCCACGAGCAAUCACCAGCAUCAGCACCAGCGGCAGAACUAUGUACCUUGUCUUGGAGAUGUUGCAUUCGCGGUGAAUAAUCUUGACUUCGGCAUCUGGUCAGGACUGACUACUUACUCGCCCGACAUGAUGAUAAUCAGAAACGACACUGAUCUUAAAGGCCUAGAGAAAGAGUUCUGGUCAGGAAUCCCGCUUUCUUGCAAGUUCUUGCACACAGGCGCCGCACUAGCCACCUAGAUACCGGACUGUCAGGUUUAUCGCCCGCCCUCGAACAUGCGACCUCUACUUAUAUAUAAUGCGGACGAUUUGCGGACGAUUCGGUUUCUAAGCUGUGUGUUACGGUUUUAACCCUUUCGUCACAGCAGCGGGAGCUUUUCCCACCCAGACCUGCCGGCUCAGCCCAGCGUGGGGCCAUUAAAGUUUGGAGAUGCGACUUUGUUGGGUGUUUGAGCGAAACGUGUUCCAUCGGCCUUGACAGCAAGAUAGGCUUCUGAAGAGAGCAAUUGGGAAGAAAAAUAUAGGAAUAUCAUAGGGACACACGUCACUUACUCAAACACUC